AAGACAGUCAGUCCCAUCUUGCACCAUACACUUUGAAAAUGCAAUUUUCUACUUCCAAGAUCAUUACUCUUGCUGUUCUUUUCAGCCCAGCUGCUCUAGCUGCCCAGUGUGAUCACAAUGGAUCGGGAGGCAAUAUCGAAGAUGCCUGGAAAGUCCGCGAGACUGUCUGCGGUGGUGGCUGUCCGUUCCAGCAACCAUGCACCAGAAAUGUCAAUGCGGCAACACUCCAAAGACAGCGACUUGAUGGCGGUAAAGGAUAUAGCCAUUGUUGGGAUGCUACUGAGGAAAUCAUCAACCAAUGCUUGAAAGGCGGCUGGCGUUCUGGGACUUGGUCCCUCGAUGGCCAGUGGUACUACUUGGACAAUUUGUGA